AUGUUUGAUACCACAGCAGCGCAUAAUGAGCUUGAUACCAUCCAUCAGAUCCAAAAUGUGCUGGUGGAGCGUCUUAAGCAGGAACGUACCAAGGGACCACGCGCUAUAUCAGCCGCUAUAGAUAAUGGCAUGACUUACCUUUACAAUCUCGCUGUAUUUGUGCAUGCAAAUUUCAAUGCUCCGGUGGAGGGUAUAGGGUCCACGCCUCCAAGCAAGGCCCUCUUCCAAAAUGUGAGAGCAAGUUUUCAGCAGGUCCAACAAACUACAGCGGGGACCCUGGAUGAUUUAGCUCGUAUUCAAGCCGAGGAAGCCAAAAAGUCCACCGAAAUAACGCUCAACGACCUCGGUGCAAGGAUUGCGGAGGCGUCGCAACAAGAGCAAACCUGGAUUGAACAGGUGAAGAAAAACGAAGAGCUGCUGAAAACCGCCGAAGAAAAGCUCCGAAGCGACGAGGAAGCUCAAAGGGACACAAAUAUUGGGCUCAGUAUCCUUAUACCAUUUUGGGGAUUAGCUGGCUUGAUUGACCAUAGAGCAGCUCCAGGAAAUGUUUUGCUCUCUUCUGCAGUUGGCGCCCAGAGGCAAGCACUACAAGAUGCGAAUAAUUCAUUGAUGUCUACGAGAAACUACCUAAUCCAAACGCAGAAGGAAGAAGCAGACUACAUUAACGAAAGAAACCAGCUGGAUGUGCUUACGGAACAGCUUCAAAAUUUGACAUCCGCUAUUGCUGUGACAGCAGGCAAUAUCAAUGACAUGGUUAAGGCUACCGGGCAGUUGAAGGAAAAUGCCAUUCACAUGGUGCAACUGAGUAAUAAAAUGUACAACGACGCAACUAUUGCGUCAGGGGAUGCGUUCUUCCGGGAUGAAUUUGUUAACCCAAUACUUGACCUCUGCUCUUUGGUAGUGAUCGAGUUCAAUGCUGCGCCUAAGAUUGAGACGAUCCUUGACGAGUUGAAACAGGCCUACGGUAACGCCCCUAUUCCUCAACCUAUCAAUCAGAAAUUCGAGGACAUUAUGGCACGCGUCAAGCGGUUUCUCCCCAAACAACUACCCGCUCUAUAG